AUGAAGUUCUCCGCUGUCCUCGCUGCCAUCUCGGCCUCUGCCGUCAUCGCCACCCCCGCUGCUAAGUCCGGCCCCAACGGCGCCGGUGCCAUCGAGAAGCGCGCCUCCUUCCCCAUCCCCGCCUCCAAGGGCACCGUCACCUACAAGGCCGCUCAGUCCGUCAAGGGCACCUUCGAUGGUGGCCUGAAGACCUACGGCCGUGGCGUCAAGUGCACUGGCCAGGCUGAGGGUGGCGACAAGGACGCCGUCUUCAUCCUCGAGAACGGCGCUACCCUCAAGAACGCCAUCAUCGGUGCCGACCAGAUCGAGGGUGUCCACUGCAAGGGCUCCUGCACCAUCAACAACGUCUGGUGGACUGCUGUCUGCGAGGAUGCUCUCUCCCUGAAGGGCAACGGCAACGCCAACGUCAUCGGAGGUGGUGCCCGCGGUGCUGAGGACAAGGUUAUCCAGCACAACGGUCUCGGUACCGUCACCAUUGACGGCUUCACCGUCUCCGACUUCGGCAAGCUCUACCGCUCUUGCGGUAACUGCAAGACCAUGGGCAAGCGCACCGUCGUUGUCAAGAACGUCAAGGCCUACAACGGCAAGAUGCUCACUGGUAUCAACUCCAACAAGGGUGACACCUCCACCAUCACCGGCACCUGCGCCACCUCCGUCAAGGAGAUCUGCACCGAGUUCCAGGGCACCACCCCCGGCAACGAGCCCAAGAAACUGAAGAGUGGGCCCUCUUCUGCUUGCAAAUACUCUACUCUCAAGGCUUGCUAA